UUUAUUAAGAGAGACCAGAGGACCGUCAAGAAAUAAUGCAAAUCCUUUCGCAUUUCUCUUCCAAAGCCUCCUUACCUUCUUCUCUCCUUCCCUCUCUCACCUCCGCCCUCAUCUUCCGCCGUCGCCCCCCGAAUUUCCCCUUUUACCCCUCCACUCCCUUCAAAUUUCCCACCCUCGCAUGCCACCUCAGCUCCGCCGGCCAUAGCCCGCAACAAGCAGCAGCUCCCAUGGACUCGCCGCCGCCACAGACAGAGGCCUCCGUCGACGCCGUCACGCGCGAUUUGCGCAACCAGAGCUUGGCCGCCGACGGUGGGAAUAACGCGCCGAGAGCGCGGUUGAAGCUUGAAGAUCUGAACUGGGAUAACUCGUUCGUUAGAGAGUUGCCUGGUGAUCCCAGGACCGAUACGUUUCCGCGAGAGGUGUUGCGUGCCUGUUUUACAAAAGUAACCCCGUCAGCUCAAGUUGAUGAUCCACAGCUCGUUGCCUGGUCAGAGUCGGUUGCUGAGUUGUUUGAAUUGGAUCCUCAAGAAUUUGAAAGGCCAGAUUUCCCCCUUUUAUUCUCUAGAGCGUCUCCUUUAGUCGGAUCGUCACCCUAUGCUCAGUGCUAUGGAGGACAUCAGUUCGGCAUGUGGGCGGGACAGUUGGGAGAUGGUCGGGCUAUUACACUUGGGGAGGUUCUUAACUCUAAAUCUGAAAGGUGGGAACUGCAGCUUAAAGGUGCUGGAAAGACCCCUUACAGCCGGUUUGCAGAUGGCCUUGCUGUGCUUCGUAGUAGCAUUCGGGAAUUCCUCUGCAGUGAAGCAAUGCAUAGUCUUGGAAUUCCAACAACUCGUGCUCUAUGUCUUGUGACAACAGGAAAACUUGUCACCCGUGACAUGUUUUAUGAUGGCAAUCCAAAGGAGGAGCCAGGUGCAAUUGUUUGCAGGGUUGCUCCAUCCUUCCUGCGCUUUGGAUCCUACCAAAUACACGCCUCUAGGGAAAAUGAGGACCUUGCCAUUGUUCGUACUCUAGCAGACUAUACCAUUAGGCAUCACUUCCCCCAUAUAGAGAACAUGAGUAAAAGUGAGAGUUUGUCUUUCAUUACAGGCAACGAAGAACAUUCAGUCGUUGAUCUAACGUCUAACAAGUAUGCAGCCUGGGUAGUGGAGGUUGCUGAACGUACUGCGUCCUUGGUUGCCAAAUGGCAGGGGGUUGGUUUUACUCAUGGUGUGUUGAACACUGACAAUAUGAGUAUUUUGGGCCUCACCAUUGAUUAUGGUCCUUUUGGAUUUCUGGAUGCAUUCGAUCCAAGUUACACUCCGAAUACAACUGAUCUUCCUGGGAGGAGAUAUUGUUUUGCAAAUCAACCUGAUAUUGGCUUAUGGAAUAUUAUGCAAUUAACCAGAACCUUGUCAUCUGCCGAGUUGAUAAAUGAGAAGGAGGCAAACUAUGCAAUGGAAAGAUAUGGAACUAGAUUCAUGGAUGAUUAUCAAGCUAUAAUGACAAAAAAGCUUGGUCUCCCCAAGUAUGUCAAACAGUUGAUCAGUAAACUUCUUAAUAAUAUGGCUGUUGACAAAGUGGAUUACACAAACUUUUUCCGGUUGCUUUCCAAUAUCAAAGCUGAUCCCAGCAUCCCAGAUGAGGAGUUGUUAAACCCACUAAAGGCUGUUUUAUUAGAUAUUGGCCAGGAGCGGAAGGAGGCAUGGAUCAGCUGGGUGAGAAUCUACAUAGAGGAGCUAUCUGCUAGUGGCAUCCCAGAUGAGGAGAGGAAGGCCUCAAUGAAUGCGGUGAACCCUAAAUAUGUUCUCAGAAACUACUUAUGCCAGAGUGCUAUUGAUGCAGCUGAACAAGGUGAUUUUGGAGAGGUUCGAAGGGUCCUUAAAGUAAUGGAACGACCAUUUGAUGAGCAACCGGGAAUGGAAAAAUAUGCUCGCUUGCCUCCAGCGUGGGCUUACCGGCCUGGAGUUUGCAUGCUUUCUUGCUCAUCAUGAGUUGUUGUGUGAUCAUAUUGUUAUACAGAUGACAAAAGCAGAUUGCCCCUUUUUGUUUUUGACCCAACAGUUUAUCUUUGGUCAGAGCAAUCUGUCGUAUAUAAUAGUCGAUUUCAGUUUUCCCACUCCGACAUUGGAAUAAAGCAUGUUGUAUGAUUCUGGUUUCUGUAUGCCAAGUGAAAUAGCUCAAAGAAAUGCAUAGAAAAUAUAAAGCCUAGAGAAUUGUUCACUGU